UGCAAAGCAGCCCUAACAAUGGCGGACGGCUUCGACAGUUCGGCUCACACUCUCAUUCGUGUGUUCGUUACGGUGAAAGCAAGAGAGGACAGAGGUGAUUGAUCGAUCAAAUCAAUCGAUGGGAACCCUAGGAAGAGCGAUAUACACCGUCGGAUUCUGGAUUCGAGAGACCGGCCAAGCCAUCGAUCGCCUCGGUUCUCGCCUCCAGGGCAACUACUACUUCCAAGAACAACUCUCUAGGCACCGUACUCUAAUGAACAUAUUUGAUAAAGCUCCGGUGGUUGAUAAGGAUGCCUUUGUGGCCCCAAGUGCCUCUAUCAUUGGGGAUGUUCAUGUGGGAGGAGGAUCAUCUAUUUGGUAUGGCUGUGUGCUGAGAGGUGAUGUGAACAGCAUAAGUGUUGGCUCUGGAACUAAUAUACAGGACAAUUCCCUUGUUCAUGUGGCAAAAUCUAACCUAAGUGGAAAGGUCUUACCAACUAUAGUUGGUGACAAUGUUACUGUAGGUCACAGUGCUGUUUUACAUGGAUGCACUGUUGAGGAUGAGGCCUUUGUUGGUAUGGGAGCCACACUGCUGGAUGGAGUAGUUGUGGAGAAACAUGCCAUGGUUGCUGCUGGUGCCCUUGUUAGACAGAAUACAAGGAUCCCCUGUGGAGAGGUAUGGGGAGGUAAUCCUGCAAAGUUCAUUAGAAAGCUUACUGAUGAGGAGAUAGCCUUCAUUACCCAAUCAGCCACCAACUACUCCAACCUUGCACAGGUCCAUGCUGCUGAAAAUGCCAAGCCCUUUGAUGAAAUAGAGUUUGAGAAGGUUCUCCGCAAGAAGUUUGCUCGAAGGGAUGAGGACUAUGAUUCAAUGCUGGGUGUGGUUCGUGAAACUCCCCCUGAACUUAUUCUUCCCGAUAAAGUUCUACCUGAUAAAGCACCAAAGGGUUCUCACACUUAAGGUCUUUGGAAGGUAGCUUUUUGUUUCCUUUUUCCCACUUCUCCUGGGGAUGAAGAUCGAGGAAUGAGUCCUCCCUUGUUGGACAUAAUUCCUUCUGAGAAAUAAUACGGGACUUGUUUUAGAACAGAGUCAUGGUAUUUUGCUUUCUGGCCUUAGCUUAAUGCCAAACCCUCUCUGCGGUUUAGAGGAAAUUAUGCUAUGAUGCAAAAUAUAGAUGAUCUCUUGCUUUAUCAGUACCCGAGGCCUGUUUUGCAGAUGAUUUUACGGAUUUGUAAUAUUUAAUGUUGUAAUAUACUAAUAUUGAAUGAUAGAGCAUUUGUGCUCUCAUUUCAUCUUGAAUUCACAUUAGCAAGAAGCAACCAGAGAAGCCCUUUUAAAUGAGCUUCUUUGUAGUUAUUUCCCCCGUCGGAAUACGGCUGUUGCAUCUUACAAUCUGUUGAGAUCCCUGGAACCAGAUGUCAACCAUAGGGUGGAGUCCUUACAUAGCGAUCCAUCCAAUUUACAAAAACUAUUUGGUAAAAGGUUCAAACUUUGACUAUCGUGUAUAUAACAGCUUUUACCAAUUUGGCUUUCAACCUUGAGUUUGUAUAGCUGCUGUUACUAGCUCGAUAUGCUGAGCAUUGAGCUCACCUGGAUAUAAAUUUGAUUGACAUUUCUGAA